UUUCUCCGGGCGCUCCAGGAGCUGACCGAGAGGGCCGCCGCCCAGCAGCAGACGCCGACUCGGCCGGCCGACCCGCAGUCUCCGCGGUGCGUGAGUGAGCCCGGGCCUGGUCCCCUCUCCCGCCGCCGCCAUGGGCUGCACGUUGAGCGCCGAGGACAAGGCGGCGGUGGAGCGGAGCAAGAUGAUCGACCGCAACUUGCGUGAGGACGGGGAGAAAGCGGCGAAAGAAGUGAAGCUGCUGCUCCUCGGUGCUGGAGAAUCUGGUAAAAGCACCAUUGUGAAACAGAUGAAAAUCAUUCAUGAGGACGGCUAUUCGGAGGAAGAAUGCAAACAGUAUAGAGUAGUUGUCUACAGCAACACGAUACAGUCCAUUAUUGCCAUCAUACGGGCCAUGGGACGGCUGAAGAUUGACUUUGGGGAAGCAGCCAGAGCAGAUGAUGCCCGGCAGUUAUUUGUCUUAGCUGGCAGUGCCGAGGAAGGAGUCAUGACCCCAGAACUGGCAGGAGUGAUUAGACGGCUGUGGCGAGAUGGUGGCGUGCAGGCUUGCUUCUGCAGAUCCAGGGAGUACCAGCUCAACGAUUCUGCCUCAUAUUACCUAAAUGAUUUGGAAAGAAUAUCCCAAGCCAACUACAUUCCAACUCAGCAAGAUGUCCUGCGGACAAGAGUGAAGACCACAGGCAUUGUGGAAACGCAUUUCACCUUCAAAGAACUGUACUUCAAGAUGUUUGAUGUAGGCGGCCAAAGAUCAGAACGAAAAAAGUGGAUUCACUGUUUUGAAGGAGUGACAGCAAUCAUCUUCUGUGUGGCCCUCAGUGACUAUGACCUUGUUCUGGCUGAGGAUGAGGAGAUGAACCGAAUGCAUGAGAGCAUGAAACUGUUUGACAGCAUUUGUAACAACAAAUGGUUUACAGACACUUCAAUCAUUCUCUUCCUCAACAAGAAAGAUCUUUUUGAGGAAAAAAUAAAGAGGAGUCCGUUAACUAUCUGUUAUCCAGAAUACACAGCAGUAAAAAUAAACUUGAACAACCUGGAACUGGAAGCCCAGGUUUCUCAGCUGAGGCAGCCAAGUGUCACUUGGACAUCACAGAGCUCCCGAGAGGAAGGAGAGCUAAGGGAGAAGGAGUCAUCAACUUGGCACAGACGGGGGUUACUGAGUGCUCCUCAGAGACAAGUCCCUUCCUGUCUCCUUGCUGUGGGGAAUGGCACCACCAGUCAUCACUAAGAAAGCCUUACCUUGUCCCCAGCCCUGACACUUACCAUCAUACUCUGGGAAGCAAAUGCUGAGAUGCACCUUCUUGAUUUUUUCCUCAAAGAGGUCCUUCUUGUUGAGAAAGAGGACAAUGGACGUGGCCGCGAAGAACUUGUGGUUGCAGAUGCUGUUGAACAGGUGCAAGGACUCAUGCAUACGAUUCUAGGGGAGGAAAGACAGCAGAGACACCAGGCUGGGCUUAUGGGAUGGGUGUUUACCCCCUGCUCUGGGAGACACGAGUGCCAAAUGCCAAAAGCAAGAUAAGGAACAGCUUCUCUCUCUAGAACAGCCAACAGACUCUGGCUUCCUCCUGCUCUUCCUAUCCUGGCCGUGUGACGGGGAGGAUCAUCGCGCUUUUCUGGGUCUGUCUCCCUAUCUCGUAUGGUUAUUACACAGGUUAAAUGAGGUCAUGUAUGGAACGUGCCCGUGAUCGUAAAGGCCAUGAAUGUCACGCAGGUCUUUGGGAGCCAGGGCACACUAAGGAUUGUGACAUCCACACGCGCUACUGACCCAGGAUUGAGACUGGGCCUUUGUUAGCAUGUGCCCAUUUGCGUCUCCAGGAUGGGUUUUCGGGUUUUUUUUGUUUUUUAAUAUAUUUUAUUGAUUUUUUACAGAGAGGAAGGGAGAGAGAUAGAGUCAGAAACAUCGAUCAGCUGCCUCCUGCACAUCUCCUACUGGGGAUGUUCCUGCAACCCAGGUACAUGCCCUUGACCAGAAUCGAACCUGGGACCCUUCAGUCCGCAGGCUGACGCUCUAUCCACUGAGCCAAACCGGUUUCGGCUCCAGGAUGGUUUUGAUGGGCUUCUGUGAUGGGGUCCCAGGUCUCAGUUUGGGCAGGAAUGUAAAUGGUGCCGAACAGUGAGGGCGGGAGAGCCCGGUGCUACACCACAAGCACUUCUGCCACUUCCUUCUCUGAGCGCCACUGAGCGAGGAGAACGGGGGCUGUGUGUCUGCAGAGCCCAGAGGGGCCCGGGCCAGCCUGGUCUCGGGGAGCAGGCCACUGGGGUCUUGAAGGAUGCUCUUAGCUAACUUGGCUCCAUCUUUUCAUCUAAUGAGAAAGAAAACAAACGUAACGUGCAGCCUUUUGUCAUUGCUAAGACUCCUGCAAAACCCUGUCAGACCUCGUAGACUUGAAGAGGUCUUGGGAAAUGAGCGGCCCUGUGAGACGUUUCGCCAGAAGGUAUCUAGGGUGCCCGGAUGGAACGUGAUCUAAGGAGACGGGAGAGAACCUGGAGCAGGGGCUAGGAGGCCACUCACCACCUCGUCGUCUUCCACCAGCACCAUGUCGUAGGCGCUGAGGGCCGCACAGAAAAUGAUGCACGUGACUCCCUCAAAGCAGUGGAUCCACUUCUUCCUCUCCGACCUCUGCCCUCCCACAUCGAACAUCCUGAGGGCGGAAAGCUGUCCUCCAGGCAUGUGCAGGGAUGGCCCCCAGGUCUGGUGUCCACCCCCAGGGAGGCAGCAGGUGGCAGUGAGAGGGACAGGGCAGGACACUGAUUUAGGUGGGCUUUAGUGAAGGUCAGGACGCACACCGUGCCCUCUGAUGUCAGAGGUGCUUUCAGGGUACCACGUUCUCACCUGAAGUUCAAGUCUUUGACGGAAAACUUGGUCUCGAUGAUGCCUGUGGUUUUGACUCUGGAUCGUAGCACGUCUUGCUCAUUGGGGAGGUAGUCGGGGGCCGCAAUCCGGUCUAAUUGGUUCAGGUAGCUAGAGAGCAGUGGUUGGCAUCGGUGACAUUAAAUUUUCACAGCGAAGGCCAAGAAAGGUCAAGAACCUUACCCAAAGGCAUACAACUAACUUGGCGGUAGAACCAGGACUAGAAUCCAGAUUGUUAAAGCCCUUCAGGUCCUUGGGUCUCCUCACCAGAGACAGUGUGGCGUGGGCUGGGGGCCACGUCCGUUUGAGGCAGCGGUUCCGCCCCAUUGAAGUCACGUCAGGUAACUUCCAUGCAUUUCCCCUGGCUAAAGGGUUUUCUAGACUCUCGAAUGAGGUGUGGUGGUUUUAAAGGUGCCAGGAGUUCCAUCAAAAACAUAGGAGUGGGUUAGGAAACUAGCACACAUGAGACGCGAGUCACUGCAACAUUUAUAUCCUGAAUCUUGAAUGAGUUGGAACCGUUGACAUAUUGGGGAAACUUGAAUGAACACUGACUUGGCUACUUGAUGACAUUAAAGAAUUUUAAAUAUUUA